CAGCACUGCUCGGUGCUCUUAUCAUAUCAUAGUUCUCUUUGUGAGAUUUUUCAAGCUGCAGGGAUGACCGAUGUCCAACACUCGCCAGAAGCUGACAACCAAAGCCACGGAAAAGAGCCACAAUGUAAUCAUUUAACAGACACUAAAGAGGGGAAUCGAGCUAUAGCGAUCGACAGAAUGUUCUAGAACGGUCAUGUGAUGUAGACCAGCUAUGUCGCACUUUAAAAAAAUACUCUGACGUACGUGUAUUUUUCUUAUAGGAGUUCGUUCGCUAUCGUAAACAUAACUAGGUUUACUUGUUAAACCGAGUUUCGGGGUUGUUUAGGGUAUUAAAUAGAGGGAGGUUUCGAUGCGAUAUGUUUUAGAGAAAUCUUUUCUCGUUUUUUAAGCAGCGAGGGGGAAGAGGACAGCACGUGAGGGGUCUUGUCCAAUGGGAUCGGACGCUUUCAGCAGGAGGGUAUAAAUACAAGGCGGUUGCCGUGAGAGACGUCCGCCAUUGAUGACUAACCUUUCAAAGAAACAGUGUUAUUUCAAGCGUAUUCAUGUAUAUGAUGUUAAUUUGUUCUGUUGGCGUUGAAAACUAAACCAAAAAAUAUUUAAGUCAUUUUCAAAGAGGGUUUUUCGGGCGCAAAGCAUCAACGAGAUCCUUCGGUUGGUGAAGUUUCCCAGCAGAGCUCAUCCUGCACUGCAUCGUCUGUCUCAGUUCGGCAGUUUAAACUUUCUUUGUUGUUCCCGAGACGGAAAGUGGAAGUGUAAUGCUCAGUGAGCUGCCUAGGUUUAGUUGCAAAAGCCCUUUCCAUACUGGUCCCCACUUCCUGGAACGGCUCAGACAAUUUCUGAUGUGAAACCCCCACAGAUCUUCACCAUGAAUGGGAAUCCCCCUCCCCCUGAGUUCAAGAACCCCAAAAAACCUGGGCGCCUCACCAAUCAGUUGCAGUAUCUAGAAAAAGUGGUGAUUAAGUCCUUGUGGAGACAUCAAUUCUCCUGGCCUUUCAGACAGCCUGUGGAUGCAGUCCGACUCAAUCUGCCAGAUUAUUAUACAAUCAUCAAGAACCCUAUGGACAUGAGCACCAUUAAAAAGCGUCUUGAAAACAAUUACUACUGGAAGGCAAUGGAGUGUAUAGAAGACUUCAACAACAUGUUCACAAACUGUUACGUGUACAAUCGGCCAGGAGAUGACAUUGUUCAGAUGGCUCAAGCCCUUGAGAAGCUUUUUUUGGAGAAGGUGGCAAAGAUGCCUCAAGAUGAGUUUGAGAUCUCUGCUCUGACAACUAAAGCUCCUGUGAAAGGAGGAAGGAAAUCAACAGCAGUGAUAAAGAGGCCACAGUCUCCUGUGUCUGAAGUGGUUUUCCAACAAACAGUGACCGUCAUCCCUCCGGACGCUCUUCACACAAUUCCCUCUGCUCCCCUGUCUGCGCAACUCACAGCCAAAUUGAAAAAUGGUGUGAAAAGAAAAGCAGACACUACGACCCCUUCUGCCUCUUCCAUCACCAGCUGUGAGUUGUCCCCUGGUGUAACAGAACCAAAAGUCCUUAAGUUAUUCUCCAGACGAGGUAGCGGACGACCCAUCAAACCUCCCUGUAAAGACCUUCCUGAAUCACCACCACAGCAUCAGGUGGGGAGAAGGACCAAACUCUCAGAGAGACUCAAAUACUGCAGUGCCAUCCUGAAAGAGAUGUUUGCCAAAAAGCAUUCUGCUUACGCCUGGCCAUUUUAUAAGCCUGUGGAUGCAAAGGCACUGGGCCUUCUUGAUUAUCAUGAAAUCAUUCACCAACCUAUGGAUAUGAGUACCAUCAGAAAAAAGAUAGAAGCUCGCGAGUACACCGAUGCAUUUAAGUUUGCUGCAGAUGUGCGGCUCAUGUUCUCAAACUGCUACAAAUACAAUCCACCCACCCAUGAGGUAGUGGCCAUGGCAAGAAAGCUUCAGGAUGUUUUUGAGUUUCGUUUCUCCAAGAUUCCUGACGAACCGAGGAAUUCAGCACCGUCCUCUAAUCAGAACAGAGUAAGGAAGGAGAGAGCACACAGUCCGUCCAGCUCUGAGAGCAGUGACAGUGAAUCAUCUCCAUCAGAAAACUCCUCAGACACAGAAGAUGAAGAGGAGAGAGCUCAGAGGCUUGCCAACCUGGAGGAACAGCUGAAAGCAGUACGAGAGCAGUUGCAGUUACUGACCCAAACACCUCUCUUGAAACCAAAGAAAAGGGAAAAGUCCAAGAAGAAGAGGAAGAAAGAGCGAGAGUUCAGUAAGCGAAAAGGUGAAGAAAUGAAGAAACCGGCAAAAAUAGAGAAGAGGUCUAACAGCAAGUCAUCAGGGCGGAAGGAGAGCAGAGCAUAUGACUCCGAGGAAGAGAUGAAUACAUUACCCAUGUCUUACGAGGAGAAACGGCAACUGAGUUUGGACAUUAACAAGCUUCCUGGAGACAAGCUUGGCAAAAUAGUGAACAUCAUCAAGGCACGAGAACCCUUGCUUAGGGACACAGACCCUGAGGAGAUCGAGAUCGACUUUGAGACUCUUAAACCUUCAACUCUUCGAGCUCUCGAGUGCUAUGUUGUCACUUGCCUCCAAAAGAAACCAAAGGAAACUGACAAAAAGAAGCUGCUGAAGUCUAAAAUCAAGGAAAAGGAGAAAGAGCUGCAACACGCACAUGGAGAAUCAAAUAAUAAAAAGGCCAAAAUUGAAGCGGAAGCAGAGUAUAAAGAGAUGAGCCGUCCGUCUCGUCUGAGUGACAGCAGCAGCUCAUCCAGCUCUGACAGCAGUAGUGACUCUAGCUCCUCUGAUAGCUGUGAUUCUGAUUCAGGUGUACUUCCUCUUCUGUCACCACUGACCUCACCUCAUGCAGCCAUUCCUGUCAUAGGAUGUCAGUCUACCUCCAGCUCUCAGUUUGAGCAAUGUAAAUUGUUGUCACCUCUGCAUGAGAGUCCUUUAACCAACAUGAGGGAUGAGCAGAGCUGCCCAGAGACACUGGAAGAGUCCUCCGUUCAGCUGCACAAAAUGCAUGGAGCUAAAUAUGAUGGCAGUGAACUAUGCAAGCCCAUUCAAGAUGCUAAAUCAAACCUGCCUAAAAAGGAUAUUGUCCUAAAGCAUGCUGACUCCUGGACAAGCUUGGGGAAGAUGGCUACUCAAAAUCCUUGCCCAAUCAAAUCAUCUAAGGAAAGUUUCCAGCAGUUUCGUAAAGUUGCCAUGGAGAAAGAGGAACGAGAGCGAGCUCGUAAACUGCAGAUGGAAGCAGGUCAAGAAAACAGCAGCACAGACAAAAGCGGUCUGAUGCAGCAGCUUCAAAAAACCAAGCUGGACUGCCCGUCUACAAAGCCAGAAGUGGAGUCAGCAGAGCUGCCUCUGAUGGCAGCCAUCUUGGAUACCCCCAAAGCCCCUGAGCCCUCCUCUCUUCCACAGAGCGCUGUAGACAGAGAACGAGAGAUGGCCCGCAAGAGAGAGCAGGAGCGCCGCAGGAGAGAGGCUAUGUCCGGAGUCAUUGAUAUGACCAUGCAGAGAGACAUAAUGGCAACCUUUGAGAAGAACUUGGACUGAGAUCGACAAACAAAUAAAAAAAAUUUGCUUGUGUGUGUUGCGCUACUGUUCGGUGAACAGUUGUAGGCCGUCUUUUCCCUUCCCCUACUUGCUCCAGGAGUCCUGGCGAUUGAAAUGGGUCUUUAGUCUUUUGAUGGGCAAAAAUACUGCAAUACAGCUUCAUUACUUUACAUUUGUACUAAGUUAGCUCUUGCAAAAAUAAGAAAACAGUCAUGGACCGCAUAUGAUGUUGUAAGACCAAUAUUUGCACCAAUAAUAGUGUCGAGUGUAUAUUCUUGAGUUGUUAUUUUGAUGCUUGGAUUCAGAAAUGCCUGCACUGAAACUCUCUGUGGCAGUUUGUAAAGUGAAACCUGUCUGUCGUUCACAACAGUUUUUGUGUUCCUUAACAUGUUUUGUUUUUUAAAUACUGAAGAAUGUUUACUUCUCUUGAUUAUUAUUGCAAUUGGAUUCUUUGACACAUUCCAUCGACUCUUCUGCUGUAUGAAUAUUGCAUAGCUGGUCGUCUUUCGCUAGCUCUUGUCAGAACUGUAAGGGAUAUUUUUGUGCAGGGCCCUGUCCCUGUUUAUCCUACUAGCUGGUAUUUCAUGUUUUUGAUGUAAAGCAGCAAUUUAAACAGAAAAUAUGCUGACUGCGUUAAACUUGUUUCAUUUAUAUAUAUAUAAAAUAUAUAUAUAUUUCUGUAGUGUCAGAAAUGUAUCAUAAGCAUGUAUGUAUAAAUAUUUAUCAUUUUGUUACAGGACAGCCAUUUUUUUUCCCCAAGUGUUCGCCUAUGAAGAAUCAGACUUAUUUAGAGGAGUUAUUGCACUUCCUGUAUUUCUAUUUGUAUCCAUUUGGAAGUGCAGUGCCAUAAAGUUUCUCUCUUGGAGAUGAUAGGCAGUUCUCUGCCUAAAGUCAGUGGUUUCUCCAAAGCCGUGUUGAUUCCAAGGUGUGAUCUGGUGAUUGUACUGCACUGAAUUCUGACUAUAAUGGUUGUGUGGCAGUUUUCAUCACAAGCACUUUAUUCAUUACACCACCAUACUGAGGUGUCACAGGCUACUGAGGGGAAGAAUAAUAUAUUAUUUCAAAGAAAUCGCAUUCUAAAAGUUAAAUCAAUAAAAGUAUUUUCAGUAAA